CCUAGCGCGGUGGUCCACCUGCGCUUCUACGUCGAAGCAGGACACCUUCUCGUGCCGUAGUCGGUUACCUUUCUCCUUGUUGCGCCUCUCCUCACCGCCGGUUCUCGCCGCCGGUUACUUCUCCGUUACGAGCAAAGGAUCUCUCUCCAAUAGUGAGCAAGGAUCUUCCCCUUCCUCUGACCAUUUAAUGAACAGAGAUUUUUUUCUUUUCCUCUUAAUCAGACCACAAGAAACAUUUCAUUGGUUUCAAGAUUUGUACCCCAAAUAAGUCCUAAGCCUCUGUUCUCGUCUAACAAUGGCGCCUUCUCCUUCCCACACCUGUGAUUUUCCUUCUUCUCCCGUUACCACAAUCGAUGUAUUGGAUGUAUUCGACAACAAUCACCAGCCAUUCUUCGUUCUCCACAAGGCAUCGUCUCAGAAGCGUGACAGAAAAUCCUCCUCUGCAUAUGGGAGAACGAAAAGAAAAAUUGAUAUGCUGCACUCUUCUCCGAUGUCAACAAUGCAAGAAGAGAAUGAUGCCAUCUAUGAGCAGUUUCGCCUAGAAGCUUUUGAAAUAACUUGGUCGAAGAUCAAUUCUACCAUCAAGGAUGUUUUAAGGGAGAUCAACAUCACUUUGUUCGAGGAGAUUCACCAGUGGGUUUUUGAAUCAUUCUCCUCUAUCAGAUCCACUAGUCUCGUUCAUAUCAUGAAGCCAUACCCAAUAGCAACAGGUGGCACAUGCAAAAGGAUUCCAGCAGCGCUGGUCUUUACAAAGAAUAUUGAAUUUGUUGAUGAUUUGCUGACGUUUCAAGAUCUCAAAGGGUACAUGCAGUCUAAUGGGUGUCAUGCAGCUUUUAUCUCGGCCUUGGAUAUGUCGACAAAGCAUGGUAUAGGAAGUUGCUUGAGUAGUUUAUAUCGACAACUUGCUUCAAAGGCUUCCGAUAUUGUUGAUGUACCUUUAAUAGCCUCAUGGUUUUGCGAAGAUGAGAAUCGUGAUAAGCCAAUUACUGUUAUAAUUGAUGACGUUGGGCGAUGUGAUAGUGCAGUCUUGGCAGAUUUUAUAAAAAUGCUAAGUGAAUGGGUGAUGAAAAUUCCAUUCAUUUUCAUAUUGGGGGUGACUACGACUUCUGAUGCGCUAAGAAAUCUUCUCCCUUCAAGUGUUAUGCAUAAUUUGCAGUUUUGUAAGUUCACACUGGAAUUUCCUGUAAGGAGAAUGGAUUCUCUAAUUGAGUCUGUUCUUGUCAAAUCAUGCUCUGGGUUCUUUAUUGGCCACAAGGUUGCAUGCUUCUUGAGAAACCAUUUCCAUACACAUGAUGGAACGAUGACCUCAUUCUUAAAGGCACUGAAGCUUGCUUGCAUUAAACACUUCUCCGCGGUACCUUUAAGUUUUCUGUGUCCGGGCAUGCUUCAUGAAGAUUCUGAGGCUUUCUGGUCUGGCAAGUGUGAAUCAUUAUCUGAAGUUUUGAGGAGCUAUGCUUCUGAUUUACCAUCAUGUCAGAGGGGGAAAACUAUAGGAAACAAUAGUCUUGUGCAAGGCUUGUCUAAGUUGAAGUCGCUGCAAAACAGUUGGAGUUCUGCAGUUCUGUGCCUGUUUGAAGUGGGGAAACUCAGCAAAAUCCAACUGCUAGAUAUUUUUUGCGAGGCUAUUGAUCCAACUUUGAAUGAAAGGGCUUUUGGUCAGCACUUAGCACCAUUGAAUGCCUCCCGUGAAACUAAUGCCAAAGUUUGUUCUGUGAAUGGUGGAUUCAUCUCUCAAGCUGUACAAAAGAUUAGGUUGUGGACUUUCUCAUUGGUUAGGGAACUUCCUUGUGAAGCCCUUUGUCAUUUGCUUGGCCUGUGGCGCCUUCAUAUGGAAGAAGCAACUGAGAUGAACAAGGAAGUUGUGGAAGUCCAUUCAAUGAUAAAUCUUCUUAGUGAUGGUCCCAGUUCGAAAGAAAUACGGACAGUUAAUAUUAACGGGUGUUUGCCAUCCUCAGAAAGGGGAAAGAGCACAACGUCUUUGAACGGUGAAGCUGCUAUGUUUCUUGUUAGCAUGCUCAGAAAAUUUUUGGUGCCAAUAGAAAGCAUUCCUUUCCAUGAAAUUUUCUGCUUUAAAGACGUUGCUUCCCUAAAGUCA